CGCUUGCUUGACAGCUUCGUUCUCGUGCAUGGAAACGGCCUCCAAUCGUAGGACUCAACGUCCGAAGCGCGAAAACGUGGACGUGCCUUGUGACUUUUAAUAGACAUUUAGGUGUCCGAGGAGGCAAUAAGAGGGGGAACUCUGAGCCCAAAGGAUGGCAUAGAUCCAACAUCCGACCGGCAGCAUGUGCUAUGUGAUAGUCACUGGUCGUAGCUUGCUGUGGACGCUGCUGUCCUUGGUGGCGUUAAUGGCAGUUUUAUCAGGCCUCAUCACUCCAAAAUGGCUCGUUGGUCCGCACACGAUUAAAGAUACAAUAAAUGGGUCGGAGUUGUACGUCCCGACGGUGGGCAUCUUCAAUCGCUGCAUCAGAUUGCAUGGAAAGACGCAUUGUGGCAAUUUCAACGUCGACGGGUUCGCCACGGACUCCAGUGUCUUUCCAGGUUGCUGGAAAGCUUCUUACUUCUUCCUGUUACUCGGUCUGGCGAUCAUGGCCACGACGGUACUGGCGGCUCUGAUCGGCUGCUGUGUGCAGAGCAUCGGUAGGAAGAGUAUCUUCAAUUUGGCUGGGGUCGCGCAAGUCGUUGCUGGAAUAUCCUAUCUGCUUGGAAUGAUUUUGUAUCCCGCUGGCUGGGGGGCGGAGAGGGUUCAAAGGAUUUGUGGCCCCGAAGCGGACGCUUUCUACCUCGCUGACUGCACCCUUGGUUGGGCCUUCUACAGCGCCAUGAUAGGGGUUGGGCUUACCUUCGUUUGCGCGGUAAUCAGCGGCCAAGCGGAAAAGUCUACAGCGAGCGACAAAGUUCAGGAUAAAAUGAACGAAGGCAAGACUUUGAUCUGUCUCGCGUGAAACCAGUUAAACGGGUGAACGUAAUUUCGUCGGUGCUACCGAUACGUCCUCCUUUGGUUCGCGAAGCAACGGAGAACGAAAAGAUUCGAGAGUUCGAGAAGUACGAAAAUUUCCUUCUUCCCCCUUGAAUAGGAAAGAAGGAAAUUCGUCAUGAGACCAAAUUCGACCGAGCAUGUCCGAAUCCGAUGACUUGUUAGAGAAUCAUUAGACGUUUGCUCUCCAGCGAGUACUUAUCGCCGGAACGAAUUUUUCUGUACCAAUAAGUUUUUCGCAAGGCGCGUUAAAGACGUACAGUUUUGAUACCUUACUACCCGCUGAUUUUUAUAGUCCGUUUUAUAAAAAGACGUACACGAAGCAGAUAUUCGUAGGAAAUAAGGUACGAUAAAGAAAGGAUAAUAUUGUGUAUAAAGAGGAAAUAAAACGUGGGCGGUACGAGAAAAUCUUGUCUUCUUGUCCUUCGUCAAUAAGCAUCACAUAACUAGUUUUUUAUUUUUUUUUUAUUAAUUCAUUGAGAACAA